AUGUCAAGGCGUCCAGCCGAGCUUGAGUCCGUCAACCUGGCUGCUUUGUCGUCGAUUGUGGAGGCGUUCCGAGCAGCACUAAAGGCCUCAUCCAAGCUUGCCGCGUCGUGGGGAACAGGUGGUAUCGUCACAAGAUUCGCUGCCAUGGUUGCAACCGACACCGAUAAGGACGAGUGCACUGGCACGAUGGCCUUCUGGGCCGACAUCGACGCCGAAUACGUGCUGAAGUACCAAAGAUGGCACAACUGUGAGCAUAUGCCGGAGCGGCUUUCCAUCCCUGGCUUCGUCGAAGGUCGAAGAUACCGCGCGCUUGACGACAGGUCGCACUUCUUGAUGUUCUAUGAUACACACUCCACAUCGGUCCUUUCGUCAGAAGCAUAUAUGGCUGCUCUCAACAAACCGACGCCGUGGACCCGCGAGGCUCUGACGCAUUUUCGGAACCCAACCCGAGGCAUCUUCUCGAGACUGACUGCUGUUGGCCGCUCAAGGAAGUUCGCUGCUCCGUACAUCACGUCGCUGCGCUUCGAUCUGCCUGACGAAGACACAGAAGCCAUUUACGCUCGGUCUUGGGUGCAAGCAGCCUCAGAAGCGGACAACGUCGAACGCGUCGGACUGUACAAGGCCCACGUUGCGAUAGGAGACACGGGCACCUCGGAACAAAACGUCCACGGUGGCGGUCCUGGAAAGCAGGCAUAUCUCGUCCUCAUCGAGGAAUCUGAUUGA